UGACUUGUCCUUAUUGUUUUCUGCGAUGGAAUCUGAUCAAGCAGGUGCAUCAGCGUAUGAAGCGCAAAUGAAUCCGAGACGCAGAACUUUAGUGUCCACAGUUUCAUGUUUAUUAAAUGAAAUUGCCAUCGACAGUGCUGAUAAUGCCUCGAUAGAAACAUUGACUGAAGUCAUUGAAAGCAUAAUUGUUGAAAUAGGAUCCAGUAGUCGUUCGUAUUGUGAAUUAUCCGGGCGGACAGAACCUGUGAUAGGUGAUGUUAUUAUGGCCCUCGUUAAUAUGGGUCUCAGCUUAGAAGGAAUAGAACAGCAUGCAUACCGAAGUAACGCAAGUGUUUUAGCGGCACCACUUACAGGAGUCAAUCCUAAAACGCUCAACAUAUUGCAAGCUGGUGUAAAACAAAGUCACCCUUGUUAUAUUCCUACACAUUUGCCAUUUUUUCCCGAUCCACAUGCCUAUAUAAGAACACCAACACACAAGCAACCAGUGACAGAAUAUGAAGCUAUCAGAGAGAAGGCUGCUAAUCAAAAAAGGGAUGUGGAACGUGCCUUAACAAGAUUUGUUGCUAAAACGAGCGAGACUCACAGUUUAUUCUUGAGUGAAGAUAACAACAUGUUUCCUUUAAUUGCAUGUAAUACACAAUUUCCAGUAUACCUGAAAGCUCUGCUACCCAGUGAUCAAGUAUUUGAUUUUGAAGAAGAGUUUCCUUCAAGUCCUCAACGAUCAAGGAAGUGUCGUGAGACUGAAGAGGAUGGUGAAGAAAUUAAAGAAGGAGAAGAGAGUGGGAAGGGUGAAAGUGAUGUCAUAGAUAAUCCCUAUUUACGACCAGUGAAAGUUCCACGCAAAAAGAAAAAGUCUUUG